AGGAUGAACCAAGGAGGAGUCUGAUCAUGUGUAGUUUCUCAUUCUGCUAAAGGGUUUCACUGUUGUAGUUAAGUGACACCAAGGUUUCGGGCAGAAACACCCUCCAAUGACAUUUGUUUAACCCAAAGUAGUUCAUACACAAAGAAAAAAAUGUCAAUUUCCAAGCUCUCCUUAUUUAAGGCUGGGUCUUAAGAUGUUGUGUUGUAGAGAUGUCAGGAAAAAUGUAGCAAAUUUAAACCAUUGCAUGGGUCGAUGGUUAGGUAAUUUCUAGAUGAAUGACAAAGGAAACAGGUUGCAUCAAGACUGCUGCUCUCACUUCCUUCUGUGGGGAGAUACACAAAUUGCCUGAAGAAGAACAAAGCCAGUGUUCACUCUGCCCCAGCAACGAUGGGCAACUGGGUGGUGAAUGAGGGACUCUCCAUCCUUGUCAUUCUUGUGUGGCUGGGGUUAAAUGCCUUCCUCUUUUGGUGGUACUACAGAGUAUAUGAUGUUCCAGUCAAAUACCACUAUAGCAGAAAGCUUCUUGGGUCUGCUUUGGCUUGGGCACGAGCACCUGCAGCCUGUUUGAAUUUCAACUGCUUGCUGAUUCUGCUGCCAGUCUGUCGAAACCUGCUCUCCUUCCUUAGAGGAUCCAGUGCGUGCUGCUCAACCCGUAUCCGGAGACAGCUAGACAGGAACCUCACGUUUCACAAAAUGGUGGCUUGGAUGAUUGCCCUUCAUACGGCCAUACACACCAUUGCACAUUUAUUUAACGUAGAGAGGUGUGUGGAUGGACGUGUUGAAGCAAAAGGAACUAUUCAAGCUGCUCUCUCUGAUCUUGGUGACAAGACAGGAGAAACCUACCUGAAUUUUGUCAGAAAAAAAAUCCCGAACCCCGAAGGUGGCCUAUACGUAGCUUUCACAUACUUGGCAGGUCUCAGUGGUGUCAUCAUUACAUUGGCCCUUAUAUUAAUCAUCACAUCAUCCACUAAAACCAUUCGAAGGUCCUAUUUUGAAGUCUUUUGGUACACACACCAUCUCUUUGUCGUCUUCUUUAUUGGACUUGUCAUUCAUGGAGCUGGCCGUAUUGUACGUGGACAGACAGAUGAGAGCUUGAAAGAGCAUAAUCCACAUACUUGUGAAAAGAACUUCACUCAGUGGGGAAAAAUAAGUUCAUGUCCUAUCCCUCAGUUUGCUGGAAAUCCUCCUAUGACAUGGAAGUGGGUGGUGGUUCCUAUGAUUUUGUACUUCUUUGAGAGGUUGGUGCGAUUUUGGCGAUCACAGCAGAAGGUUGUAAUCACAAAGGUGGUCAAUCAUCCCUUCAAAACGUUUGAGCUCCAGAUGAUGAAAAAAGGAUUCAAGAUGGAAGUUGGCCAGUACAUUUUUGUCCAGUGUCCCACAGUGUCUCAUCUGGAGUGGCACCCUUUCACACUGACUUCUGCCCCUGAAGAGGAUUACUUCAGCAUUCACAUCCGUAUUGUAGGAGACUGGACAGAGGGCGUGUUCAAUGCCUGUGGAUGUGACAAACAAGAAUUUCAAGAAGCAUGGAAAUUGCCAAAGAUACUUGUGGAUGGCCCAUUUGGCACAGCUAGUGAAGAUGUAUUCAGUUAUGAAACUGUGAUGCUGGUUGGAGCUGGAAUAGGGGUCACCCCAUUUGCAUCUGUACUCAAGUCUGUCUGGUACAAAUACUGCAAUGAUGCAACUAGUCUAAGACUUAAGAAGAUCUAUUUUUACUGGCUCUGCAGAGAUACUCAUGCCUUUGAAUGGUUUGCUGACCUCUUGCAGUCCCUGGAGAAUCAAAUGCAGGAGAGGGACAAUGCACAGUUUCUCAGUUACAACAUCUACCUAACAGGCUGGGAUGAGUCUCAGGCCACUCAUUUUACAGUACACCAUGAUGAAGAGAAAGAUGUGAUUACGGGUCUAAAACAGAAAACCUUGUAUGGCAGACCCAACUGGGAAAAUGAGUUCAAAACCAUUGCAAGUCAGCACUCAAGUUCCAGAGUAGGAGUUUUCCUCUGUGGACCGGAAGCCCUGGCUGAAACACUCAAUAAGCAGUGUAUCAACAACUCGGAUGCUGAUCCACGAGGAGUACACUUCAUUUUUAACAAGGAAAACUUUUAACUCACUGGCCCUGACAGGAUACUGGAAUAGCUAAAUUCAAAAGCUAAAGAGCUUGUUUCUUUUUCUGUUGGAGUCUGGAGAUUAUGGACCAGAUUCUGAUCUCAGUUACACUAAUGUUAAGCUGUUUGCUUCAGUGGAAUUGCCCUGGAUUUACACUGGUGUAACUUUGGCCUUGGGUCUAUUUGUAUGGGCCUCCACAUUCUGAGCAAUUUAGCAGAAAUCUAUUCUUUGUGGGGUUUGUCUCAACUAUCUUUAGCUUCCUGUCAUUUGUAGUGACUUCUUCAGGGUAUCAAUAGAGGUUGCAUCGUGGGGAGCCAGUUUACACUGAUAGUAGCUUAAUCCUAUGAAACAAAAAAGUGUGUUAGCGUAAUGCUUGCUAUUUAACAUGCAGAUUAUUUUGGCUGCAGGGAUUUUCUGGAAGAAAGCGGAAUUUGCGGAGGGAUGAAUGGGACUUAGGCUAUGUCUGAGCUACAGAUUACUUUGGUACAAUUUACGUGGCUCAGAGAUGUGAAUAAUCCACACCCCUAAGACAGUGGUUUUCAAACUUUUUUCCGGGGACCCAGGGUGUGGGAGGGGCUCAGGGCUGGGGCAGAAGUUUGGAGUGCAGGGGUGAGGGCUGUGGGGUGGGGCCAGGAAUGAGGGGUUCAGGGUGUGGGAGGGGGCUCUGGGCUGCAGGUGCAGGCUCUGGGGUGUGGCCAGGGAUGAGGGGUUUGGGGUGCAGGGGGGGCUAAAGGCUGGGGCAGGGAAUUGGGGGGGCAGGGUUGGGGAGUGAACUUACCUCCAGUGGCUCCUGGUCAGCAGUGUAGCUGGAGUGCAGAGACAGGCUUCCUGCCUGUCCUAGCAUCAUGAACUGCGCUGUGCCCCGGGAGCUGCCAGCAGCAUGUCUGACUCCUAGGCAGAAGUGCACAAGUGGCUUUACACAGCUCUCAUGUGCAGGCCCCCCAUCCCCUCCAGUUCCCAUUGGCCAGUUCCUGGCCAGUCCGAGUACGGAACCGGUGCUCAGGGCGGGGGCAGCAUGCAGAACCCUGUGGCCCCCCUUCUGGGGCUCAGCGCGGUGUUGGAACAAUUAGGCACUAGCUUGCCUUAGCUGGGCAGCACCGCCAAUGGGACUUUUAACGCCCCUGUCAGCGGUGCUGACCAGAGCCAGGCGACCCAGCACCUUACAUGCUGUGACCCAGUAAUGGGUUGUGACCCACGGUUUGAAAAACACUGACCUAAGUGCAGGUGUGGCCAGCACUAUGUCAGUGGGAGAGCUUCUCCCUCCUGCCAACAAAGCUACUGCCUCUCACAGAGGU